AUGAAGUUCUCCGCCGCCGCCCUUGUCCUCGCCGCCGCCGGCGCCAUGGCCCACAAGAACGUCACCUACGUCACUGAGGUCGUCACUGCCUACACCACCUACUGCCCUGCUGCCACUGUCAUCACCCACGGUGGCAAGACCUACAACAUCACCGCGGCCACCACCCUGACCAUCACUGACUGCCCCUGCACUGUCACGAAGCCCGUCAUCACCUCCUCCAUCGUCAAGUGCGAGAACUGCGCCGCCCCCACCCAGAACGGCACCUUCCCCAUCGCCACUCCCGUCCUCAGCAAGACCGUCGCUGGCACCGCUGCCAUCACCCCCACCAAGCCCGUCUCCGUCCCUACCGCCGGUGCUGGCAAGGCCGCUGCCCUCUCCGGCGCCGGUCUGGCUGGUGUCCUUGGAUUCGCCGCUUUCGUCCUCUAA